AUGGCUUCAAUGCAAGUUUCAAGAUUAGUUCUUUCGUCUUCAUCUUCUUGUACGAGACCUAAAGCUGCAGUUUCCAUCCCGAAAUUGCCUAAAUUUCAUGUCUCGGUUCCGAAAAUACCGGUAAAGAAACAAACUUUAUCGGUUAAAGAACGGAGCUUUGAGUUAGAUGGAUUCAUUGAAAGUCUUCCACUUUCUUUGAAACAGAGGAGAGACUCUGAUUCUAUCCAAAGGGCACGCCUCAAUGCGGUUCUUGAAGCGGUUAUGGAUAGAAUCGAGAUGCACAAGAACAUUGGAGAUCAACGCAAGAAUUGGAACUCUCUCUUGCUCAAUUCCGUCAACAUGAUCACUCUCACCGCCGCUUUGAUGGCCGGAAUAGCUUCAGUCAACGGUCACGGUGUUGAUUCUAUAACCGCUGUGAAGAUAGCUUCAACGGUUUUGCUAACCUCCGCAACGGGUAUUGGUGCCUUGAUGAGCAAGAUUCAACCUUCGCAGCUCGCUGAAGAACAGAGGAACGCGACAAGGCUGUUCAAGAAGCUGAGAACCGAAAUCGAAAUGUUUCUGAGAGCAAACGAGGAAAUCUAUGAAGAAGACGUGAAGGAAGCGAUGGAGAAAGUAUUGUCUCUAGACAAAGCUUACCCUCUUCCUCUAAUCGGAACAAUGCUCGAGAAGUAUCCGGAGGAGUUUAAACCGGCGACUUGGUGGCCUGAAACCAAAAGGAGAAACCCUAGAAGCGGUCUUGCGAACGGGUGGAGUCAAGAGCUUGAGACGGAGAUGAGAGAAGUAGCUCAUGUGGUGAAGAGCAGAGACGCAGAAGACUAUGAAAGAUUAGGUAACGUGGCGUUGAAGCUAAACCGGUUCUUGGCUAUAUCUGGACCAGUUUUAACCGGAGUUUCAGCCGUGAGUUCUGUUUUUAUCGGUCAAGAUUCCGGUUUAGCUGGGAUGGUGGCGCUGACUUGCGCUUCUCUGGCUGCGAUGGUCAAUACUUUAGAGCACGGUGGUCAAGUGGGAAUGGUGUUUGAGAUGUAUAGAAACUCCGCCGGAUUCUUCUCUCAGCUAGAAGAAAUGAUGAAUUCGACGGAGAAGAGAGAGAACGGACAAGUUUUUGAGACAAAAGUUGCGUUGAAGCUAGGGAGAAGCUUAUCGGAACUGAGAGAUCUUGCGAAGAGAUCGAAUCUCUCUCAAGUUAAGGCUAAUGAAUUCGCAAGCAAGCUUUUUUAG